GUGUAGAGCAGGUGAAGUAACUUGAGCGUCGUCUAGAGAGAGAGACGGAGGGUCUGCUGUUCAGAAAUAUACAAACUCUGCAGUUUCUGAAUUACCGUUUCUUUGAAAAUACAAUUUAAAUGGAUCCAAUCACAAUACUGAUUUCCAUUAUUAUCUGUAUAUCUUUCCUAUAUGUUUCCUAUGGCUGGAGUAAAAAUGAAUAUCAGAAUUUCCCUCCAGGACCAAAACCACUACCAAUCAUUGGAAAUAUGCACAUUCUAGAUCUCAAGAAGCCCUUUAAUUCAAUGUUACAGCUCUCUGAGAAAUAUGGAUCCAUAUUCAGCAUUCAGAUCGGAACAAAUAAGGCAGUUGUACUCUGUGGCUAUGAGAUGGUGAGAGAUGCUCUUGUUAAUCAUGCCGAUGAAUUUGCUGGAAGACCCAAAUUACAGAUUUUUGAAGAUGUAACACAAGGACAUGGUCUAAUCUUUUCCCGGGGUGAGAACUGGAAGGUAAUGCGAAGAUUUACUCUUUCAACACUCAGAGAUUUUGGAAUGGGAAAAAAAACAAUAGAAAACAAGAUAUAUGAAGAAUGUGAUUCAUUGGUACAAAAGCUCCACUCUUACAAUGGAAAGCGUUUUGAGAAUACAAUGAUAAUGAAUGCUGCUGUAGCCAACAUAAUUGUAUCCAUACUUCUGGAUCGUCGAUUUGAUUAUGAGGAUCCAACAAUAUUGAGACUCUUGCAUUUAAUAAAUGAAAAUAUUAGACUUACAGGAAGCCCUAUGAUACUGUUGUACAACUCCUUUCCAUCAUUGCUGCGUUGGUUACCUGGAAGUCAUAAAACCAUUCAUAAACAGGUGGAUGAGAUGAUGAUCUUUGUCAAAGAUACCUUCACGUCACAAAGGAAUGAACUAGAUAUAAAUAACCAGAGAAAUCUUAUUGACGCAUUUCUUGCCAAACAACAGGAGGAAAACCCUAGUGCUGAAGUGUAUUUCCAUGACAAGAACCUUUCAAUGCUUGUGAUUGAUUUGUUUGCUGCUGGGAUGGAGACAACCUCAACAACAUUGAGGUGGGGUCUUCUGCUAAUGAUGAAAUACCCAGAAAUUCAACAAAAGGUUCAAAAUGAAAUAGAGAAAGUGAUUGGAAUAGCUCAACCUCAGACAGAACAUCGUAAAGAAAUGCCAUAUACGGAUGCAGUUAUUCAUGAAAUCCAAAGAUUUGGUGAUAUUGUGCCAGGAAAUCUUCCACACGCGACCACUCAAGAUAUUACAUUCAAAGGAUAUUUUAUACCAAAGGAUACCUAUGUCAUUCCACUACUGACAUCUCUGCUCAGAGAUAAGACUUACUUUGAGAAACCAGAAGAGUUUUACCCUCAGCACUUUCUUGACUCCGAAGGAAAAUUUGUAAAACCAGAAGCAUUCAUGCCUUUCUCUGCAGGUCGAAGAAGCUGUGCUGGAGAGAAUUUAGCUAAAAUGGAAUUGUUCCUGUUCUUCACGCGACUUCUGCAAAAUUUUACAUUUCACCCACCUCCCGGUGAAAACCUUGAUCUUACUCCUGUAGGUGGAUUAACCGCCCCCCCAAAGGCCUAUUAUAUGUGUGCAAUACCUCGAAACUAGAUCUGGAACUUACAAAUGCAAGGCUCAAAUUGUAUUAAUAAAAAAUAACUAAAAAUAAAAUUUAUAAACCGAG